AAUUUUUUUACAUACAUAUUUUAUGUAGGGUGCACAGUGGCUUAGGGGUUAGCAUGUUCACCUUGCACCUCCAGGGUUGGGGGUUUGAUUCCCACCGCAGCCCUGUGUGUAUGGAGUUUACAUGUUCUCCCUAUGCCGUGUUUUCUCCGGGUACUCCAGUAUCCUCCCCCAGUCCAAAGACAUGCAUGUACAAAAUGUUCAUAGUGUAUGAAUGGGUGUGUGAAUGUGUAUGUGAUUGUGCCCUGCGAUGGAUUGACCCUGUCCAGGGUGUCGUCCCCCCCUUGUGCCCCUUGCUCUCUGCGACCCUGUGUAAGAUAAGCGGUAUGAAAAUAGAUGGAUGGUUAUUUAUCAGAGUCAUACAGUUGUUUAUUCCUGAACUUUUCAUUGUCAUUAAGUACAAACUAACAUUAUUGAGGCCUACAAGUGUUUUUAAAAGUCAUUUUAAGGAUGGACAUAUUUAAAUAUUGACUAAUCUUUUAUAAAUCUGUCCUGAUGGCAUCCAUGGAAUUUAUUACAUGUAUAGUUACAUAUAAAGAGGUCCCUUUGUUGCAAAAGUGUAAGAACUAGCCUGCUGAACUAAACCACGCGCAGCUUGGUUUAAAACUAACGCAUGCGCAGUUGCCACCUCUGAAAUAGCACAGCAUAAUAUUGUAAACUUGAUGGGAAAAUUCCAGUCUCUCAAGUCGCACAGGACGCUAAAUCAUAUUAUCAAAUGUCCAGGUUCCUCUCAGAGACAGUCUGUGUGGUACGCGUAGUCCCUUACAGUAGGGUUUGUAGCUUUAGUAAUGUAUACACAGGCUACUUCGAUAUGAUUUUGAACGCAGUGACGGACUUCAGAGCUGAGCGCGUGCAGUAUGCUCAGUACUGGAGGCGCGUAAACGAGGGCACUAUUAGAUUAUGUACGGUACGAAGUUAGCGCGCGCAGCUGAAGCCGUUCCGCUUUCUAACGCUAGGAGCCCAAACGGAGGCGGCGCUCAGCCUCAAAGCGACCAGAGCGGCUUAGCGUGCGCACACAUUCAACCAUUCCCCGCUCCUUCUACUUUUAUUAUAGUUAAGAGAUCCGAGCAGACUCGAGCUCAGGCGGAGAGAUCGGAGGUCCCACUGCGAGCGUGUGUGUGUGUGUGUGUGUGGGCGCGCGCGCGCGCGCGUGUGUGUGUUUAUUGGAAGAGAGAGCAGCGCCUGUUUAUUUGAGCAAAGUGUUUUAACACGAGGACGCAUCAACACUCCGUCAUAAAAGGAGACCAAAGCAUGAAGCCAGCGGCAGCGUUUUACAGAUCGAAGAUGCUCUUCUUGAUCACGAUAGUGAUGAUCGCACCGGGAAAAGGUUCCUUCAUGGAUGGGAAAAUGGCAGUCACUCAGAGAGGGGACUCUCUAGACUCAGAUGACAAACAGGGUGUUUUCCACAGAACACCAGACACAGGCAGAGAACUUCCCCUGGUCACUACAGCCCCGCCUUUCACCGACCUUAACCACCACUUUCAGUUCAAAACUAUUUCUCAACCUGAUACACGCUAUCAGGGCCAGAAACAGUUCAAAGAGAGCGGAGAUGUAGACCAUCAUCUCUUCAAGGCUCUGUUGGCUCAAGUGGCCCCUCAUGAGAAUGCAGUGCCAUUCUCCAAUGUGGCUACAGGAGCUUUCUCUGUGCAUGUUGCUAAGCUCACUGCGGGGAGCCUGGAGCAGAAUGGAGCUGCUGGAGAAACCCAGAGGCAGAGCUCCGAGGAACUGUCUACAGAAUCACUGACCACCAUUAUCAUGCCAACUUCUGCUCCACCUCCCUGCCACACAGUUCCUGAAGAACAGUUAGGACGUCCCCAUGCAGCAACCAAACAAGAGUCUGAGGCUGUAACGACACUGGUGAUGACAGAAGAAGUGGAAACAUCAAAGACUAGAGAAAGACACAAGGGUUCUGCCACUGACGCAAGUGCAGUGACAUUGUCUGUGUCUGGGGAUCAGGAUGAUGAGACUACCACAACCACUAUUUUCACCACUACUAUUAUUACCACAAUACAGACUCCAGCUCCAUGCAGCAUCAAUUUCACAGCGCCAAGGGGCUACAUAGAGACACCACCACAAGGCAGCUGUGACUACUCCAGCUUUGACUGCACGUACACCGUGACUGUCUACAUGGGCUACGGGGUGGAGAUUCAGGUGAUGAAUGUGAGUUUGGCUGAAGGGGACUCUGUGAGGUUUGAAGAUCUGGGAGGCUGUGAGCCAUCAGUGCUGGCUAAUGAGUCCAUCCUGAUAAAGGGCCUGGUGGUGCGCAGCUACAGCAACCAGAUCUCCGUCCACUUCCACAGCCGACGGCCCUGCCACGGCUCCUUCCUGCUACUCUACCAAGCGUUUGUCCUGAGCUGUAAUUUCCCUGAGCGGCCGGCCUACGGUGAUGUAACUGUCAGCAGUCUGCAUGCAGGUGGAGAAGCUUAUUUCUACUGCUUUACUGGCUACCAGCUUCAGGGUCCCUCCACCCUCACAUGCCUCAAUGCUACAACUCCAUACUGGAAUGGAAAAGAACCCAGGUGUAUCGCGGCCUGCGGUGGAAUGAUGAAGAACGCCACACUUGGCCGCAUCGUGUCUCCUGGUUUCCCCAGUAACUACAGCAACAAUCUGACAUGCAACUGGGUGAUGGAGGCUCCAGAAGGACAGCGGCUUCAUGUUCACUUUGAGAAGGUGGCGCUUGCUGAGGAUGAUGACAGGUUACUCAUCAAAAAUGGGAACAACAUUGACUCCUUGACGCUCUACGAUUCUUAUGAAGUGGAAUAUUUGCCCAACGAGGGCAUCGUCAGCACCUCUAGAUACCUUUUUAUCGAAUUCACCACCGACGGCUCAGGCACCAACACAGGAGCCGCAAUCAGAUAUGAAGCUUUCGCGCCAGGGCAUUGCUAUGAGCCGUUUGUCAAGUAUGGCAACUUCACCAGCAGUGACAACAGCUACGCCAUGGGUGCAGUGGUAGAGUUUAGCUGCGAUCCUGGAUAUACGCUGGAACAAGGCUCCGUUAUCAUCGAGUGCAUGGACCCCAAAAACCCACAGUGGAAUGAAACUGAGCCUGCCUGCCGAGCGGUGUGUAGUGGGGAGAUCACUGAUUCUGCCGGAGUGGUGCUGUCUCCAAACUGGCCUGAAGCUUAUGAUAAAGGCCAGGACUGCAUCUGGGGUAUUCAUGUGGAGGAGGACAAGCGGAUCAUGCUUGACAUCCAAGUCCUCCACAUGGGAAUGAAUGACCUGCUGACAUUCUAUGAUGGAGACGACCUGACUGCUAAGGUACUGGGCCAGUACAGUGGCUCUCGGCCGCGUUUCAAGCUCUACACAUCUACAGCUGAUGUCACCAUCCAGUUCCAGUCUGACCCUGCCACCAACGUUUACGGCUACAACAAUGGCUUUGUGGUGCACUUCUUUGAGGUUCCUCGUAACGACACGUGUCCAGAGCUUCCUGAGAUCACUAAUGGUUGGAAGACUACUUCUCACCCUGAACUGGUGCAUGGUACAGUAGUAACCUAUCAAUGUUACCCAGGCUUCGAGGUGGUGGGCACUGAAAUGCUCAUGUGCCAGUGGGACCUGACAUGGAGUGGAGACCUGCCUACCUGUGAGAGAGUGCUGUCAUGCCCAGACCCUGGCAUGGUAGAGCACAGCCGCAGGGUGAUGUCGGGUCCUCGACUGAUUGUGGGUUCCACAGUGCAGUACAUCUGCAACAAGGGCUACUCUCUGUCGGGAAACAGUCUCCUUUCCUGUUACAACCGCGAUUCCACUGGACCCAAGUGGAGUGAGAAACCACCCAAAUGCAUCUCUGAUACAUAUGAAACCUGUAGGAACCCUGGAAUCCCAGAAUUUGGUGUCCAGGUAUCAGAGAAGCAGUUCUACCAAGCAGGAGAGAUAUUGCACUUCUCCUGCCAGAGUGGCUAUAAGCUCAUCGGAGAAGCAAAUAUUCGCUGUGUCCCCAGUCGCCCAGCGAAGUGGAGUCACCCACCUCCAGUGUGUAAAGCAGCAGCACUGGAGUAUGUAAAUGAGCGCAGGCUUGAUGUUGCCGGAACAGAUUUCAGCAUGGAAGGAGCCAAUGUGGUCUUUGCCAUCUUCAUCCCUGUAGCUAUAAUUAUGUUAAUCAUCAUGUCCAUAUACUUCUAUUUUUCAAGGGUGCAAGGCAAGACUUUUCGAUUGCCCAUGUCUGCAUCACCACAGUAUGACCAGAUCAGAGGCGAGACAGCCUUUGAGAACCCCAUCUACGAGACAGCAAGAGUGAUCAUUGCGCCCAGACACCAGCGGUUCUUCCCUAUAGGAUACUGUUGUAAUGAGAAAGCCUGUAAGGAGAGUUGAUCGGUGGAAUAGCACUGUUUGGAGCAAAGAAGGACACGAGAGAGUACGAAGUCUCCAUUUAGACAUACUGCUUAUGUCCACACUGAGGACCUUAAGCCUUUCUUUGCCUUGUGGAGGUUCCCCAGCACCUUUCGCCUGUUUUCUGACCUCCUCUUAUCAUCAUCUCGCCCUUCUUGCCCCUCCACAUUUCCUCUCCUGGUCGGGUGUAAAUAUCCUGUUUGUCAGAGAAUUUCCACAAGUACUGCAAAGAGUGUGGAGAAUAUGAUCUUAUUUUUGUAGAGAUUCAAUAUCAGUGGUCUAGCAGCAGUGCUUUUACAGUUUUUAUCCGGUUAUGGAGCAAAAAAUCUGGAGAUGAAACUACUGAAAUUGAAGACUAGCUGCAUCCCAAAGUCUAGGCUGCAGCCUAGGCAGGUUCCUUUUAAUUAUUUAGUCACACAAAAUGAGAAGUAAAGGCACAAAAAGGCCAAAUGAGCACACCAUUGGAGAAGCUCCACACCUGCAGUUGUGGCAUAAAUCACUAAAGAAAUUCACAUUUAAAUAUGCUUAA